GAAGAAGUAGAAAUGAUCAAGUUGCUACUGAUUUAAGGUUAUGGGCAAGAGAGGAAGCGAAGAAAUUACUCGUUUAUUUGAAACAGUUGAUUGGUGCUGCCGUUGAAAGAGCCGAAAAAGAAAUUGAUGUGAUCAUGCCCGGUUACACCCAUCUUCAGCGAGCGCAACCAAUCAGAUGGAGUCAUUGGUUAUUAACAUAUGCAUGGAGUUGGCAAGCAGAUGCAGAACGAUUAUCACAAAUAAUUGAUAGAUUAAAUGUACUUCCGCUGGGCAGUGGAGCAUUAGCAGGAAAUCCAUUUAACAUUGAUAGAGAAUUUUUAGCAAAAGAAUUAGGUUUCAAAGGUGUCAUUCAAAAUAGUUUAUACGGAGUCAGUGAUAGAGAUUUUGUUGCUGAAAUAUUAUUUUGGUCUUCUAUGACUAUGAUACAUAUCAGUAGAUUUUCCGAAGAUUUGAUUUUAUAUUCUACAAGCGAAUUCGGUUUCGUCACUUUGGCUGAUGCUUAUAGUACUGGAAGUAGUUUAAUGCCUCAGAAAAAAAAUCCCGAUAGUCUUGAAUUGUUACGUGGGAAAUCUGGUCGUGUUUAUGGGCAGUUAUCUGGAUUUUUGAUGACAUAUAAGGGGCUUCCAAGUACCUAUAACAAGGAUUUACAAGAAGACAAAGAACCAUUAUUUGAUUCCGUGGAUACGCUUGCUGGUUCUUUACAAAUCACUGCAGGUGUAUUAAUCAUGAUUUAUCCUGAAAGGAUGAGACAAAAUCUAAGUAUUGAUAUGUUGGCUACUGAUUUAGCUGAAUAUUUAGUUCGUAAAGGGGUUCCAUUCCGUGAAACUCAUCAUAUUGCAGGAGAAGCAGUUCGUUUAGCAGAAGAUCGUAACACGACGAUGGCUAAUUUAACUCUAGAAGAUUUUAAACAACUUCACAUAGCUUUUGAAGAUGAUGUUAGUUUAAUUUGGGAUUACGAAAAAAGUAUCGAAAAUAGGUGCAGUCUUGGUGGUACUAGUAAACAAACGGUGAAAGAACAAAUUGUGAAAUUAUCUAAAUGGGUAAACGAGUGA